AUGCCUUCAUCCACCGUUAGAGUAGUCUCUCAACUUAAUUUCACAGAAACUUUAAAACUAUGUUUUGGUUUCUUUUGGUGUGGCUUAAGAGACUCCUUCGCUUUACCAACGAGCCUGAUCAUUAUCUACGGAUCCAAUACGAUCCGAAAUCGUACUUUAAAGUGUUUUACCCUAAACGGUGUACUUUUCUUGGGGAGUAUAUUCUUCUUCAACCGUAUUACCCUACCAAUAAUACAUUUUAUCCUGGGAACGUCACUCUUCACGUCGAUUCGCGGAAGUAAUGAGCAUUCCCCAUUCAUCGUCAAUUUUCUGGAUAAGACCGCGGCUUUGAUGUAUCAAUUAUGCUGGGUAUAUCCAAUAUUUCUUCUCAGUUUUGCAUUGAAUGCUAUGUGGUAUCAAGAAAUAGCCGAUCACGCUUACCGACAACUGUAUGGUCGACCUAUAGAUUCGAAGCUAACGUAUACUAGACUAUUGCAAAAUGUAGCCAAUGACAUCUAUCGAGCCAUAUUAUUCAUGAAUUAUCUGACAGUGGCCACGAUAGCCUAUGCUAUUCCCGUAUUUGGCCCAUUGAUAUCGUUCAUGUAUUUCUGCUGGAUAUACGCUUACUAUAGUUUCGAGUAUAAAUGGGUUAAUCAAGGGUGGACGUUGCAACAACGCAUAGAUUAUUUUGAAGAAAGAUGGUCUUACUUUGCCGGCUUCGGUAGACACCUCUUCUGUCCUAUUCAAAAUGCCGAAUUCAAUCACUUUUUGAGCGCAGGAGUAUUUGCUCUCCUUUUUCCACUUUAUAUAAUUAUGGCUAACAACGCACUCCCUUUGCCGAGAAGAAAUGAGAGCGCUCGAUUCUCGUCAUUGGUACCAUAUAAACUGAGAGUUUUUGGAGUGUCCAUGAAAUUGAAUGAUAAGAUAAUCAACUGUAUUCGCGGAAAACAGGCAAAGGUGUCGCGCACAAAGAUAAAAAGAACAUGA